AUGCCAGACCAGAGUUGUAUAAUUUUACACUUUUUUUUUGCUUUAGAUAAAGCAACAAGCCAGCUUCUGCUUGAAACCGAUUGGGAGUCCAUCCUUCAGAUCUGUGACCUGAUCCGCCAGGGUGAUGCACAAGCUAAAUAUGCUGUGAGUGCCAUCAAAAAGAAAGUGAAUGAUAAAAACCCACAUGUAGCAUUAUAUGCUUUGGAGGUUCUGGAGUCAGUUGUGAAGAAUUGUGGUCAGACUGUGCAUGAUGAAGUGGCCAACAAACAAACAAUGGAGGAGCUAAAAGACUUGCAUAAACAGCAGGCUGAACCGAAUGUUCGGAACAAGAUUUUAUAUCUCAUUCAGGCCUGGGCGCAUGCCUUCCGCAACGAACCCAAGUAUAAAGUAGUCCAAGACACUUACCAAAUCCUAAAAGUGGAAGGUCAUGUGUUCCCAGAAUUCAAAGAGAGUGAUGCUAUGUUUUCAGCUGAAAGGGCCCCUGAUUGGGUGGAUGCUGAGGAGUGUCAUAGGUGUCGGGUUCAGUUUGGAGUUGUGACUCGAAAGCAUCACUGCAGAGCAUGUGGCCAGAUCUUCUGCCAGAAGUGUUCUUCUAAGUAUUCAACUAUCCCUAAGUUUGGAAUCGAGAAGGAAGUGCGCGUCUGUGAACCUUGUUACGAACAGCUGAACAAAAAAACUGAUGGGAAGUCCACAUCUAGCACUGAACUUCCACCGGAAUACUUGACCAGUCCACUUUCCCAACAGUCUCAGCUGCCGCCAAAGAGAGAUGAGGCUGCUCUGCAGGAAGAGGAGGAGUUGCAGCUGGCCAUUGCCCUGUCCCAGUCUGAAGCUGAGGAGAAGGAAAGAGCUAGGCAGAAGGGGACAUAUGCAGUGUAUCCUAAAGCAGACCCUGUCCCAGUGACUUCAUCAGCUCCUCCAGUCAGUACGCUUUAUUCUUCGCCCAUGAACUCCUCAGCUCCAGCUGCAGAGGAAGUAGAUCCAGAGCUUGCUCGAUACCUGAACCGUAAUUACUGGGAAAAGAAGCAGGAAGAGGUGCGAAAAAGUCCCACACCGUCUGCUCCAGUCCCCGUAGCAGAGACUGUGCUCCAACCUGUGGAACAGCCUCAACUCCCACCAAUCUGUAUUGCUGAGCAGCAGUACCAGAAUGGGGAACCUGAAGAGAACCAUGAACAGUUCCUAAAGAUGUUGCAGAAUGCAGUGACCACCUUUGUUAAUCGCAUGAAGAGUAACCAUAUGCGAGGUCGUAGCAUCACAAAUGACUCUGCUGUACUUUCCCUUUUCCAGUCCAUCAAUAAUAUGCAUCCUCAGCUCCUUGAACUACUGAACCAAUUGGAUGAGAAAAGACUUUACUAUGAAAGCUUACAGGACAAGCUUGCCCAGAUUCGAGAUGCUCGAGGUGCAUUAAAUGCUCUCCGUGAAGAACACCGGGAAAAAUUGCGACGUGCUGCUGAAGAGGCAGAACGCCAGCGGCAAAUACAGCUUGCUCAGAAAUUGGAGAUCAUGAGGCAGAAGAAACAGGAAUACUUGGAGAUGCAGAGACAGUUGGCAAUUCAGCGUUUGCAAGAGCAGGAAAAGGAACGGCAGCUGCGGCUUGAGCAACAAAAGCAGACCAUUCAGAUGAGAGCACAGAUGCCAGCAUUUUCACUUCCUUAUGCUCAGCUGCAGUCUAUGCCAACAACUACUGGAGUGAUGUAUCAGCCUUCUGGUCCAGGCACGUACCCUACCACCUUCAGUCCUGCUGGUUCUGUGGAAGGUUCCCCUAUGCAUGCUGUAUAUAUGAAUCAACCCGGUCAGACAGGAACUGGUCCGUAUCCCUCCAUGCCUGUCACUGGAACAGAUCCCAGCAUGGUGAGUGCAUACAUGUAUCCACCAGGUACCACAACUGGGCAGCCAUCACAGCAAGGCCAAGCUGUUUCAACAGCAAAUCCAGCCUAUUCUAGUUACCAGCCAACUCCAACACAAGGUUAUCAGAAUGUUCCAGCCCAAACCCAGAGUCUACCCCCAAUAUCCCAGCCUCAGAACAACACAGUGGGCUACAUAGGAUCCCAGUCUGUCCCAAUGGGCUAUCAGCCCUACAACAUGCAGACUCUCAUGGCAACACUACCUGGACAGGAUCCAAACAUAAGCAACCUGCCACCUCAACAGGCUUACCUACCGGGACAGCAACCCAUGUAUCAGCAGAUGGCACCUCCUGGUGGCCCUGCACAACAGCAGCCACCACCGCCACCACCACCACAACAGCAGCAGCAACAGCCACAGAUUCCACAGUCCCAGGGCAGCGGAGAGGCUCAGCUCAUCUCAUUUGACUAAUGCAGCUGCUGGAUGCACACUGCUACAAAGGCAGCUUGAUUAAAACACUAUUAUGUCUCCAUUUCUUCAUCCUCAGUAUCACUAAUUCUGAACUUCUCCUCUCCUUUUCUCCAGACUCUUCAUAUUGUAAUUAAGUGCAGAUACUGUUUCACCACAGGCAUGGUAUCUUUUGUAACUUUAAAUGUUUUGUAAUUUGUUCUAGAGUUGCACUCAAACCAGAAAACAGAGUGGUCAUGUUCAUGCAUUGCAAAUGUUUGAGGACUGAUGAAUUGCCUGUGAUUGGAAUUGGUACCCCCCCCCCCAAAAAAAAAAAAUCAAGAAAGAAAGAAAAGGUUUGCCAUUUGCUAAUGACCUGGUAAUCUUUUAUUUCCAAGUCUUUGCUUCAUAGUCCAUGUUGCAGUUUAUGAUGUCUGGCAUUAACACAAUUUUUGAAAUAUUGCUUAGAAAUACCAGCUGUAUGUCAUAAUAACAUAUAACUGGUAUCCACAAAUGAAGUACCCAGAAAGAGAUUACAAAACUGGGCUACCUAUGAUGAGACCAGCAAUUUUCACAUGGUAUUCCAGCCUUUCUCUUUGCGUGCAGGUAGGGGUUGACAGGAAAGAGCUGGUGUAAAGAAUGUUUCUAUAAGUCUUAGAAGUUCUUAAAUCUUUCAUCUGAACUGUCAGCCUGUUGAGCAUUCUGUAAUUAUACUGGCAUGGAGUUUUGAGGAAAGGACUGCCAAAGCUGAGUGCUGCCACUCUGCCACAGCUUGGGAGUUUUGCUAGUAGUUAUUCUGUAUUGCACAUGUAAGUUGCCAUUAAGCUUUGUUUCUACAUAUCACCCACCCAUGUCUGCUGAGCAACUGCCCCCCCAACCCCCCCACUUUUGUUUCCCCAUCCAGUGUCUGUUGCAACCUAUAUCUCCUGUAUCCAUUAGAGAAUAUUAUACCAGUAACUGUACAUUGUGGUGACUAGUUUCUGUGGCAGGAGUCAGUUAUAUACAGUUAGCAAGAGGGGAUGGUGAUUUCUCCUCUUUCAGGGCUCUCACAGCAGAAUGGCAUGUGUGGAAAUUCUAGAGUGAUAUUGGCUUGACCCACAACUGAAUUAAGUACAUUGUUGUGUAUUCACUGCUUGGAGGUUGUGCACAUCUUUGCCUGUACUAAUAAAUUCUGCAUUGCUCUCCUGCACAAGAUGCCUGUCCUGUAGCAGCACUAGCUGCCUUCUUCCUCCACAGUGAAGCCAGCUUCAUACCUUCAUUCCCACUCUCUCUGGCUAGCUCCUUCAGUGCCUAAAGGACUAAUCAGUCCUAGGUCAUUUAGGUCUUAGUCAAGACUUUAUUAUUGUGCAGUAUAGAACUGCAUGUAUUUCAUUUCCCUGUCCAAAACUGUUGGCUGUGUUGGCCCAGAAUACUUUCAGCACCCCAAUCCAUAUACCUUCUAAUGCAUUCUAUAGUAAUGGUACACCAAGCUAUAUCUGAGCUGUUGAUGAAGGCAGUAUUGUUGAUUUUGAAGAACAGACUGGAAAAUGCUAACCGCUUCUGUGCAUUUCCUUGAGGCACCCAGCAGAAAUGCAGGAUGGGAAAAGGUUGUUUUACUUCUUGAUUUAGGGAAGCAGUUGGCAGCCUAAGUUGCUGCAUUCCCGAGAUCGGUAUCAUUUUACAUCAGUUGAAGAAGUGGGAACUACUGACAUAAUAAGUUCAGGGGACGAACUGGAACCAAAAGUCAUCGCUUGUGUAUCGUAUUGGCAUUGGAAUGGAUCAAAAAGGACUGUACUGCUUAAUUUUGUGCUAGCAAUAUAACGUAGCAGUGGUAUGUGUUAAAUAUUAUCCUGUUCAUUGGUAUUACAUAAACAUGUCUUCUGCUAUUACAACAAUCUGUCGCCUGUUGCAAAUCUUAUAGUAUUGUUCACCAAACUCUAAAACAGUUGGCAGUUUUAGUUCAGCAGAACUAUAUAAAUGCACCUGAAUUUGUAGAUAACUGAAAUGGUUGCAGAUGCAUCAUGAGAUGUACUUCCAGAUUAAAUGCCACACUCAUGUCAUUGCAGAGUGUAACACUUUGCUUUUAUUGUUUUUGUUCUUUCUGUAUCUUGUUACUUACUGAUUAAGUUGUGUAUUUUCUUUGAUCCUUGAAAUCUGUAUUUAAUAAACCCACUUUUCUCUCACUUGA